UGCAUAUAUACUCGGCGAAACUUUCCAAAAACCAUGAAUUUUUAGAGUGCAAUCAGAAUCGAAUCCUUUGACCCACACAUAAAUAGAGUGUUAAAAGCUCGUGGCAGAGUUGUUGGCUUUCCCCGUUCUAUCAAUCCUGCAAUGAGUUAUAUGUUUGAGCCUGAAAUCAGCACACGAAAAUGAAGAAAGGUACCAAAAGAAAACAACCGCUGAAUAGUUCCUCAUCAUCUUCAAUAACCAAAUCCCUGAAAAGGUCGAAAACCAUAGGUAUAGGAAACACAGAACCAUACCCAGACCACCCACGGCCCACCCCAGAUGAAUGCUUAGCAGUGAGAGACGCCCUCUUGGCCCUUCAUGGUUUUCCCAAAGAAUUCCUAAAGUACCGCGAGCAAAGACUAAAGAAAGAAAAUCCAAGCUUUGAAAAGAAUUCUUUGAAACCUGAGCCACCGGAGAAAUUGCACGUUGAAGAAAAGAGUGAUUCUUCAGGAAAGUCCGAAGGGGAAGAGAGUGUGUUGGAUGGUUUAGUCAGCACUAUUCUGUCACAGAACACUACUGAUGUUAACUCUCAAAGGGCAUUUCUUUCUCUCAAGUCUGCUUUUCCCACCUGGGAAGAUGUUCUUGCUGCUGAGCCAAAUCAUAUUGAGGAUGCUAUAAGAUGCGGAGGUCUGGCACCAACCAAGGCUUCUUGUAUUAAAAGUAUUUUGAACUGCUUGUUCGAAAAGAGAGGAAAGUUGUGCUUGGAAUACCUACGAGACUUGUCUAUUGGAGAGGUCAAAGCAGAGCUCUCUCAAUUCAAAGGAAUCGGUCCCAAAACAGUGGCAUGUGUCUUGAUGUUUCAUCUUCAGCAAAACGAUUUCCCUGUGGACACUCAUGUAUUCCAGAUUGCAAAGAGCAUUGGAUGGUUACCUGUGUUGGCAGACGUAAAAAGGGCAUAUCUUCAUCUAAAUUGCCGUAUCCCAAACAACCUAAAAUUUGACUUAAACUGUCUCUUGUUUACUCAUGGUAAGGUCUGUCGACAAUGCUCUAGAAAGGGAGAUUACAGGCUGAAAAAGGAAUCUAAAGAUGAAUCCUGCCCAUUGCUUACCUAAAACACUCUGAAACAGAAUAGUGUUAAGAUAUGUCUAGACAUCAUUCUCAUUCUUCAUCUUUGUAAUUAAGCACAUCCACAUGGCUGUUCCUUUCUUUCAAUUGAUAAGGAAAGAGCUCUAUUUGAUGAGAAUGGGAUUCUGUUUAGCUGCUUGUCAUGAACCAUUUCUUGAUACAUGACACAAGUUGGAGCCAUAUCUACAUUACAGCCUUAUGCAUUUAGCCUUCAUGCUUGUUUGAUCUUCAUUAUCAGCAAAACAGAGACAAGAAGUUCAUUGCCUUAGCUAUCUGAUGCCUUCUUGUAAUGACUUGAUAAAAAUCCUUUAAUUGGAAGACUGAAAGCAGGGAUUUAAUUGAAGUGGGAGUUGCAGGGAGUGUCACUCCACUACAACACAUUCCAUUGUGCUCUGACUUGUCAUAAAGCUUAAGGUACAUGGUACAAUGAGCCACUUGCGCAGAUGGAAACAAAAUUGUCUCGCUGGCCAUUAUAAAUUUCUAGUAUACAAGCACUAACUUAGUUUAACUGAAAAUCAGAUAGUUGGCUGUAGAAAAUAGUGUUUCAUUCGUCAAAUAGAUAUGGCCAUAGCUUUGAGACACUAAGUUGCUAGAUCUGCUUUCAUCAUCGUCCACACUAGAAAUUCUGUUAUUUCUGGCAUGCAACUCAAAAAUUAGUGGUUCUUUUUUAUCACGAAACAGUUUCCUAUUAAGUUGAGUAAGACCACCUAUUGUGGAGAACAGUAAUAUCUUUUUGUCAAUUCUCUACAUUUUUUUUUCGGUUAUUCUUUGGGGAGGAAAAUCACUGUGUGUUAUUGAGAUUUGAAUAUUAUCUCUAUUGACAAUUUGAUAUGGUAGGGGUUAUUUGAAAG